UGUAAACAAAUAAAAGAUGCAUUUGUGUCCUGUGUCCUCACACCUCGAGUACAUGUUCAGCAGGUCCAAGUGAGAAGCAGUUUAGUCUUCACAACUCUCUACCUGUGCAGACUGAAUCACAGAGUCCAACAGAUGGAGAGAGACUGACCUCUGAGCUCAGAGACAUCAUCAGAUCAUUUAUGCAGAAGGUGGAUGAAUUCAACACAUGUGUCACCACCAUGUCAAUGAAUGUGGAGGAGCAACAGAUGAUGCUGAAGAGCAUGAUGGAGGCCCAGGAUCAGCUGGAGAGAAAUUACCUCACAAAGAGGGAGGAGCAUCGUGCACUGGAAAUGCAGAAUUACAGGGGUCUAACCAGAAACACAGGAGAGUUUGACCCUGACAGGGAGGUCGAGGGGCAGAUUUUCAGGAUAGGCAUGCACCUGGAGGACAUAAAAGAGCAGAUCGACAGAAAUGUCUGCCAUGUUUUCUAUCCUCCUUCGUCAUCCUCCACUCCCUCUCCUCCACCUUGUGAAAAUAUCCCCCUCUCAUCAUCCCAUCCAUCACUGCAUGAGGAGUCGGUCUUCAGCAUCUCCUCUGUCAGACACAACAUGGAGGACAAUGAAGAUCACAGAGCUGAUGAGCCUCUUCCAAGCAGCACAGAAAACAGCUUCUAUCUACAGUAUUCCACCUUCUCCACUGAAACGCCUGGCACUGCCAAUGAGGAAGAGGAGGACAGACUGACAACAAGAGAGGAAGACCACAUCCUGGCACAACUGUCCACCUCAACUUCAUUAAAGCAGCUGACACACGAUAGGUACGAAGAGAAGAUCAGACCCAGUGAAGCCUCCUUCUCUUCUGUAGAAGUGUCUGCUGGGAACUCUCCUCAGCCAACCACAGACAAAACACAGAGUUUAUUAGGUCCAGAAACUGACAGCGGCUUUGGCAGUUUUGACCUGAGCCGUCCAAACACAGGACUGUCCCAAACCUCUCCUAGUGCUGUGAGUUCUGGUCUCCUUGAUGAUGUCAUUAGCAUGGCGAGUAUGAGCGGUUCGGAUAGUGGAGCCUCCCACUCCAAUGUACGAACAGCUAUAUCAAUGGCACCAAGGCCUGUGCAGCCCACAGUGAACCACCUGGAAUAUGAACAGCUGGUUCCACCAGGCAUGAGAGCAAGAAGCAUUACCCAGAAUGCACCUGUUAGAGCUCCAAAAGAGAAUGUCACCUUAGUAGGUGGCGCCACUCCCAUGCAUAACCAGGUGACUGAAGGAAGAGAAGACGUUCAGCUGGGAAAGAGUCAUUCUGCAAGUGAGACACACUCAGCAUCACACUGUUCAUGCCAUAAUAGUGAGGUUAUCCUCGCUCUGCAGUAUGAGGUGUCUCGCCUCAAGAGGGUGCUAGAGGACAGCCUUGGUCACUUGCCUCAUGUGAGCAAGAGGACUGAUUAUCUGAAUGACAGGUGUCCACUGGAGAGGAAGCACAAGGGACAGACCCGUGGCCAGAACAGAGCUGCAUCCAGCAGACGUGCAAAGACAGACUCAGACCCUCAGAAGAUUGAGGACUGGAUCUCUUCUGAUAUGGAGCUCAGCAAGAGCAAAGUUACAGACGGUGAAGAUUCAGAUCACACUAUGAGUUUUCAGAGAAACUUCAGUCCAUCUUACAGACAAACACGCACCUGCUCUGGUGCUCUCGUUGAGAAGAGGUCACAUGACUCCAAAACCUCAUCCAGGGCCUCAGCGGAGAGCUUUCCUGUGGACACAUCUCAGUUCAGCCAGUCUGGAAGCCAUCGGAGAAGAGCCAGCACUGGGCCAACGAUCCACAGCAUCAACACUGAGCCAACCAACAAAAGUGCCAGCUACAGACCUGCAAUGGGAAACUUGGGGAAUUUCUUCUUAAGUAGCACACAUCCUGCCCCUUCUAUUCCUGCUCAUCCAUCCUAUAAGCCUCUGCUGCAGGUCAACUAUGGCUCCUCCUGUAGUCUGCCUGCUGGAUUCAAAGUGCGAGAUCAAGUAUCUGAACCAGUGUCCAGUAGGAAGCGCUCUACUCAAUCUGACUCGGCACUGCUUCCCAGUAAUGUCUUCUUUCAACGGACCUCGCCACGGACCAGUGGAAGACGACACCACACAAGCAGAGAGGAAUCAAUACAUAGGACUCUGGACAAGGCCUUGCAGGCAGCUUUUCUAAUGAAGCAGACCACGGACAGGAUGGCGGACGCUCUCUCUGCUGACCUGGCCAAGGCUCAGCUCCAGAGGAAGUUACAGGGCCUACAUCCUCUCGGCAGCCGAGCGGGCAGUUAGCUGUGCUGUAAUUCACUCUUUAGACAACAACAAUGACAUUAAAAAACAUUAAAACGAUGAUUCCUUUCAUACAUGUCCUUUUACACAUCGGUUUAAUAAUGUCUGGGGGUUUUGCAUUAUCAUCAAAUAAAAAAAUAGCUGACCUGAAAGUUUGUAUUUUUCUAUUUCCAAUGAUCAAUAGGGGGCAGAAUAGAACCUCUUAAUGUAACAAUACAACCCAAUACUAUCAAUGUAAGUGUGAUGCAACUAUAACAGCACAAUACCAUAAUGCCUGUCUCCAGUAUAACAUAUCAUAAAACGCCUAAAGAUUUUCCUCCCUGACUUCCGUCAACACAUACCAUCACGUCAUUAAGGAGAAGGUAAGUUUUAUUGAAACUAGGGCUUUUUAGUGUUAAAUUCCCAUAAAUGUCCCUCAGUUUCGAAGGACUAUCACUUUUUUAGCCAUAUCACCCACUGGCAAUCACAAGACCGAUAAACGACACCGGUCGAGUUUCUGCCAGUGUGUGUGGUAAGCCUCUGGUCAUUGCUGUUGUUCGUGUAAAGCAGCUUAUGCCCUUUUAUUGGUGUAGAAUAAACGCUCUGUUGGACACAAACAAACAUCUGUCACUGUGUAAUUUAGAACCAGAGUGUAACGUAAUGUCUGAAAGGAUGAAACUUGGGGAGACUGGGGUGCCAUUAUAUUAGCAUAUUUUAUUUUUAUUUUUUUUGUCACCAACUUGAAGUAACAGUACUACUAAUAUACGAAAUUUACAUUGAUAAACACUAGAUAAUAUAUUUGAUUUUAAUGAAACAAGUUAGUGUUACAACUGUAACACCUUAAUCAUAUUAAUUAACUAUAUGAAAUCUCACAGGAUAGUUUUCACAAUUAAAUGGCACAAAUUCUUUAUAAAGAAUACAUAUCUUUCCAUUUAAGGAACAAAUGAGUUUGGGAAAAGUUUGGUACGAUUUUUCUAAAAUGUUUUUGAAAGAAGUCUCUUAUGCUCACCAAGGCUACAUUAUUUAAUCAAAAAUUCAGUAAAAACAGUAAUAUUGCCAAAUAUUAUUACAAUUUAAAAUAACUUUUAUUUUAUAUAUUAUAAAAACACACAAACAUGUCUGGACUAAUUUUCACCUGAGGAUACAGUAGAAAUUUGUUACAUUAAUCUGUCUGUGUAACCUGAUGUAAAACGUUUCCGCAGGGUGACUCUCACUAUGACAGCUAAAGCGACUGAGGAAAUCUAUGACAUAGUGGUGGAAAAGAUGUGUAAACUAAUCUUCCAGUCCCAGCAGUAGAAGAAAGCUGAAUGAAACUUUUGAAUGGUCUUAAUAGCACUCUAGCCCUUAAAAAUACAGAAGUAAAACAGUGUAAUUUGUGUCCUAUUUGAGUCCCUAUGAUUUAACUCUGAAUUAAAAGAAUAAAAUCAAAUGCUUAUUAAAAUCAUGAAUUUCUUUGUAGUAUGUUUUUUGAGAGAAUACAGAAUGUACCUUUUUCCAUUCCAUUGUGCUGUUACGUUUCCCCCUUUAAAAAUAAUGCUUCGAUCUUCAAGAUAUCAGUAUUUCCGUAAUUAAUCAUUAAAAUCAUUAGUCAUUAAAAUAAUUAAAGAAAAAAUAUUGACUGUGAAUAAUGUGAAAGAAAUGGAUCUAUAUCUAUAGAUCUAUCUAUAGAGAGAGAGAUGGAGAGAGAGAGACGUAUUAUAUAUAAUCAGUUCUCGUAAUCAACAUGUUGGACGCAGAAGAAAUGGGCAGGAAUAAAGACCUGAGUGACAUUGACAAAGGUCAAAUUGUUAUGGCAAGGCAACUGGGUCAGAGUAUCUCUGAAAUGGCAAGGCUUGUGGUUUGCUCCCGGUCAGCAGUGGUGAGAAUUUACCAACAGUGGUCCGAGGAAGGACAAACCACAAACCAGCGACAGGGUGUUAGGCACCCAAGGCUUAUUGGUGCACGAGGGCAACUAAGGCUAUCCCUUCUGGUCCAAGCCAACAGAAGGUCUACUGUGGCAAAUGUCACACAAAAUUUUAAUGAUGGUUAUGGGAGGAAUAUGUCACAACACACAGUGCAUCGCACCCUGUUGCAUAUGGGGCUGUGUAGCUGCAGACCAAUCAGAGUGCCUAUGAUGACCCCUGUCCAACAUCGAAAGCGCCAACAAUGGGCACGUGGGCAUCAGAACUGGACCUUGGAGCAGUGGAGGAAGGUUGCCUGGUCUGAUGAGUCCCAUUUUCUUUUACAUCAGGUGGAUGGAUGUGUACUUGUGUGCUGUUUACUUAGGGAAGUGAUGGUACCAGGAUGUACUGUGGGACGACAAGGUGGUGGAGGGAGUGUGAUGCUCUGGGCAAUGUUCUCCUGGGAAACCUUGUGCCUGGCCAUUCAUGUGGAUGCAAAUUUGACGUGUACCACCUACCUUAACAUUGUUGCAGACCAGGUACAUCCCUUUUAGGGACAGUCAUGGCCUAAUGAAAGUCAGACUGGUAACUUGAAGGUUGCAGGUUCAAUUAUCAUUACCGACAGGAAAUGACUGAGGUGCCCUUACCUAGGAAGUAGAAGAUGGAAGUGGCCUCUUUCAGCAGGAUAAUGUGCCCUGCCACACUGCACACAUUGUUCAGGGAUGGUUUGAGGAACAUGAUGAAGAGUUCAAGGUGUUGCCCUGGCCUCCAAAUUCCCCAGAUCUCAAUCCAUUUGAGCAUCUGUGGGAUGUGCUGGACCAACAAGUUCAAUCCACUGUGGCUCCACCUCACAACCUACAGGACUUGAAGGAUCUGCUGCUAACAUCUUGGUGCCAGAAACCACAGGACACCUUCCGAGGUCUUAUAGAGUCCAUGCCUCGAGGGUUGGCGCCUGUUUCGACAGCACUUUAGAUUAGGGUCCAGUUUUCACUCUUAACUAACUAUUGACUAUGACUUUUGCCUCAAUAAACUCCUAAUUACUGCUUAUUCAUAGUUAGUAAGGUAAUUAGGUUAAGUUUAGGUAUUGGGUAGGAUUAAGGGAUGUAGAAUAUGGUCAUGCAGAAUAAGGCAUUAAUAUGUGCUUUAAAAGUACUAAUAAACAGCCAAUAUCCUAGUAAUAUGCAUGCUAAUAAGCAACUAGUUAAUAGUGAGAACUGGACCCUAAAAUAAAGUAUUACCAUACAGUACCUAUAGAAAGUCAUCAUACCCUCUGGAAAAUCUUUACCUUUUGUCACAUUUUUUAGCUGUAUGUACACAUUAUAACUCUCAUCAUCAAAGUGAAAAUAACAUUGUAAAACAUUCUGGAGGAUUGGUAAAGUGAUCAGCCCCUUAGGAUAUACCAUUAUAAACUUGCUCAGGCACAACCAAUCAACUUCCAGAUCAAACACCAGGCUAAUUGCCCCACCUGACAUCAAUUGCAGUGGUUUUGAUUACUUCAGAAUAAAACCAGCUGUUUCUUGAAGAUUCCACUGUUAGUAGUGCAUGGUAGGGUUUGGUGAUGUCUACCAAAUUGGCAUCAAACUAUGUCUACAGUGAAACAUUGCGAUGGACGAUGCCGGCUCAACAUCGUGAUGUCUGUCAGCCAUCAGUGAUGGAACAUGGCAUCGUCUAUCGGCCCAACCCCAGUGCAUGGUACUGCAAAGAAUUUACCAUGGUUGGGAAAGUGCUUUCAAAAGGCCUGUGGGAUAAAGUUGUAGAAAGGCACAAGUUAGGAGAAGGCUACAAAAACAUUUUGAAGGCUUUAGCUAUCCCUCUGAGUAAUGUUCAGAGCAUCAUUAAGUGGAAAGCGUAUGGCACAACUAGCACAUUGCUAGAUCUGGCCGUCUAUCCAAACUGGAUGACAGAGCCAGGAGGACAUUAAUCAGAGAAGAUACCAAGAGGCCAAAGGCAACUUUGAAGGACUUACAGAGCUUUGUGGCUUGGACUGGGCGGUCUGUGCAUGUGACAACUAUCUCACAAGCUUUACACAAAGCUGGCCUGUAUGGCAGGGUAGCAAUAAAGAAACCUUUCCUGAAAAAGUGCCACACUCAGUCUUGUUUGCGCUAUGCAAAAACACACCUGGAAAACUGAUGCCAUCUGGCAAAAGUUGCCAUUGUCUGAUGAGACCAAAACUGACCUUUUUUGACUGAACUCCAAGCACUAGGUUUGGCAAAAAGCAAACACAGCACACCACCCAAAACACACCAUACCUACUGUGAAGCAUGGUGGUGGCAGCAUUAUGUUGUGGGGGUGUUUCUCUUCAGCAGGGACUGGGCGAUUGGUCAGGAUUGAAGGGAAAAUGGAUGCUGCAAGUACAUCCAAAUUCUUCAGGAAAACCUGUGUAGACAGCUGACGAUAGGCAGGUUAUUCAACUUCCAACAUGACAAUGAUCCUAAACAGACCCCCAAAAGAACAACGCAAUGGCUUAAGAAUAGGAAGGUGAAUGUCCUUGAAUGGCCAAGUCAGAGCCCUUACUUAAAGCUGCUGUCCGUAAAUUUUUUGGGUUAAAAAUAACCAAAAUCAAUUUUUGAGCAAGUACAUAACUAGUUAAUGUUCAAAACUAUCUCCUUACCUUAGCCCAAUUCACAACGGCAAGCUUGUAAUAAUGUUUUCUAAUUCAAAUGGUACUGGUGGGUUUCCGCUGGAAAUUCGAGCAUGCAGCCGUUCGUCUUUAUGUCAUUAUUACGGGUUGGGUAUCGAGAACCGGUUCCAUUUUAGAACCGGUUCCAAUUUCCAAAGAACCGGUUCCAAUUUUCAAAGAACCGGUUCCAAUUUUCAAAGAACCGGGUAUUUGAUACGAUGUGCGCAUUUCGAUUCUGUUUAUCGAUUCCUGACAUUUGUCAUUCUCGCACAGUGAACAGCAGUUGUAUCUAUCUGCUAGGACCUGCAACAAGGACCUUAUCUCAUCACGCACAUACGCAGUUCAUUACAAUCAGCACUGACUUGUGCUUCAACACGGCAUUAAUCUGAAGGAAUGCACCGUGUUUGGGGCCGUUCACAUGUCGCGUCUAAAAACGCGUGGAAAGCGCGGCUGCCCCACUUUCUCCUCCUUUCCAAAGCGUUUUCGCUCCCGUGGCGUCUGUCGUUGCUAUGUAACCAUGAACUGCGCUCUGCAAGAUGACGAGGAAGUAUCAAGGAUUAAUUGAUUUCUAGCCCUUGCAUUAGCUUUACUAGAUAUAUUUAUGGAGAUGAGAAAUAAAACCCAGCUGAGCUUUUGAUGUUGUUACGGAAAGGCCGAAGCUGAUCGGUUGGUUCUUGUCACAUGACCUGCGGUGCACUUGAGGCAUUCUGAAAAGCAUAUAGGCGCGUCUGGAAACAUUUGAAAUAACGCGCCUACAUAAUAACGAACUUGCGUGUGCAAAAGACGCAAUAUGUGAACUCUAACCCAGCCGCGAGUCCUAAAGCACUAGAUACAGCUAAUAUUAGCAAUAGCAGCGUCUCACAUUCAGGUACAAAAACAGUUACAGACUACUGGUUAUAGCCUAAAUGUGGCAAGAAUAAAAGGUAAAAACGUUAUUUUCUCUCCAUAAAAAAAUAUUGGAAUCAGAAUCGAGAAUCGAUAAGAACCGGAUUCGAUAAGCAGAAUCGGAACCAUUAAAAUUAAAACGAUACCCAACCCUAGUCAUUACAUUACGUCUGUAUACAUAAAGAAGGAGUCCCCACACCAAUGUGGUGACUGACAGCAAACAUUAGAUUCCUCCGAUGCACAACCCACGUAAAGAUGUUAAUUCCGCAAAUAAUUGCAAUUGCAGGUUUUAAACAGAGAUGGCGACAAAGAGGCAAAACUUACGGACUGCAGCUUUAAAUCCGAUAGAAAAUCUGUGGAUGGACUUGAAGAGAGCAGUCCAUUCAUCAUGGAAUUUGACUGAACUUGAGCAAUUCAGUAAGGAAGAAUGGGCAAAUAUUCCCCAACCUAUGUUUACAAACCUAGUACAGACAUAUCCAAAAAGAUUAAUGGCUGUAAUUAAAGCAAAAGGUGGCUUUAAUACGGAGUAUUAAAUCAGGGGACUGAUGACUUUUCCAACCCUGUUAUUCUAAUUUUUCAGGGUUUUUUUUUUUUUUUAAUUAAUUUUCAGAACUGUUGCCUUUUUCUUUUCUUUUCUGUUGUUGUAUAUAAUAUUUAUAUUCCUUUGGCAGAUUUGUUUCAGUUGUAGCAUGCAGGUUCUAUGCUUCUCUAUAGUGGAGACUGAGAAACAUCACAGGUGUGAUUCUAGUAUUGUAUAAUGCCACCUUCAAUGUCUCAUUGGAAGAGUUACACUGUAAACAAUCUCCUGUAGCAAUUUCAGUGUAAAAUACACUAACUUUAGAGACACUUAAAAUGAAAAGGUCAAAUGAACCUAUCAGAUAUCCUUCUCCCAUAACUCCCAUGAAUAUGCUACAACUCUGAUGCUCCGUUCUCUAUUGAAAACCCAACAAUGCUGAGGCAAAUGCAACCUAUCAGUGACCCAGAUAAGUGUGAUUUACAGGGUGGGAUUUUGAGUUGUCUGCCAUCAGCCCCCACUCCCAAACUAAAUGAAAUAGAUACGCUGUUCUUUCUUCCUUUCUUUAUUGACCCUUUGGCCAUUUUUUUUUUACAUAUACUUUUUUUUUUUUUUUGCUGUUGUAAUGAGGUUAAUACAAAUGCAAAAUGCAUUCUGAUGUUGUUUACAAAACAUUUAAUUAGACUUCUGAACUAAAAUACACCAUGACACACUUUUGUUUGCUCUGACAGUUAAAUUGUGGUUACACACAGAAAAAGUUCAUAUGGCACCAUGAUACUGUAGCUGCUUAACCGGAAUCUCAUUAUCAGAUCUGGCUUAUGAGUACCAGUCUGAGUACAAGUGCAGCUCUUUUUCUAGCUUAUGUCCUUUCCCAAAGUGAUGCCUUUUCCAUGAUUUAAAUAAAAGGAGGAAAAAAAAAGUACAGUACCAUUAUAAAGUUUGGGGUCGGGAAGAUAUUUUAAUGUUUUUGAAAGAAGUCUGUUAUGCUCACCAAGGCUGCUUUAAUUUGAUCAAAAAUACAAUAAAAAGAGUAAUAUUGUGAAAUAUUAUUACAAUUUCAAAUAACCAUUUUCUAUUUAAAAAAAUGUAAAUGUAAUUUAUUGCUGUGAUGGCAAAUCUGAAUUUUCAGCAUCAUUGCUCCAGUUUUCAAUGUCACACGAUCCUUCAGAAAUCAUUUCUAAUAUGCUGAUUAAGUGCUCAAAAAACAUUUCUUAUUAAUAUCAAUGUUGAAAACAGUUGC